AUGGCAGAGUCUGUCUCCAAGUUUGCCGUGGAAGAGAUCGGCCCCAAGGUCAGAGAUAUGGAUGAGGCUGAGACCAUGGAUCCUGCUGUUGUCGAGCAGCUGUUCGAGCAAGGGUUGAUGGGCAUUGAGAUCCCAGAGGAGUACGGUGGUGCCGGCAUGAACUUCACCUCGGCAAUCAUUGGCAUUGAGGAACUCGCUCGUGUCGACCCCAGCGUCAGUGUCAUGGUCGACGUGCACAACACCUUGGUCAACACCGCUGUGCUGAAGUACGGUAGCGCCGCUAUCAAGAAGAGAUGGCUUCCUAGACUGGCCACCGACACCGUGGGAUCGUUCUGCUUGUCCGAGCCCGUCUCCGGAUCCGAUGCUUUUGCCCUCCAGACCAAAGCUGAGAAGACUUCUUCCGGAUACAAGCUUAAUGGCAGCAAGAUGUGGAUCACCAACUCCAUGGAGGCUGGGUUUUUCAUUGUCUUUGCCAACCUGGACCCCAGCAAGGGAUACAAGGGUAUCACUGCCUUCGUCGUCGAGAAGGACAUGCCAGGAUUCAGCAUUGCCAAGAAGGAGAAGAAGCUUGGUAUCCGUGCCAGCAGCACCUGCGUUCUCAACUUCGAUGAUGUCGAAGUUCCAAAGGAGAACCUCUUGGGCGAGGAGGGCCAGGGAUACAAGUAUGCCAUCAGCUUGUUGAACGAAGGCCGUAUCGGUAUUGCUGCCCAGAUGACCGGUUUGGCCCUCGGUGCCUGGGAGAAUGCUGCUGGUUACAUCUGGAACGACCGCAAGCAGUUCGGCCAGCUCAUUGGUACUUUCCAGGGAAUGCAGCACCAGGUUGCCCAAUCAUACACUGAAAUUGCUGCCGCCCGUGCUCUCGUCUUCAACGCCGCUCGCAAGAAGGAGGCUGGUCAGGAUUUUGUCCAGGAUGCCGCCAUGGCCAAGCUCUACGCCUCCCAGGUCGCCGGCCGCGUGUCCGGUCUCGCCGUCGAAUGGAUGGGAGGCAUGGGCUUCGUCCGCGAGGGUAUUGCUGAGAAGAUGUUCCGAGACAGCAAGAUCGGUGCUAUCUACGAGGGAACAAGCAACAUUCAGCUCCAGACUAUUGCCAAAUCUCUGCAGAAGACAUACACUAAAUAA